AUGGCUCCUCAUCCUACAGCAUCAACGAUCGACUCACGUGGAACACGUACUGUUUGGGUGGUACGACACGGACAACGUGUCGAUAACAUUGACAAAACAUGGAAACUGAACGCACCACGAGGUGCUUGGGAUGAUCCGCCGCUUACUUCACGUGGUCAUCAACAAGCAAUCGAAUGUGCUAGACGUUUAGCACGUGAACGCAUCGACACCAUUCUAUGUUCACCGUUUAUGCGAUGCGUUCAAACUGCAAGUCACAUUUCGAGCGUACACCCGAAACAACCACGAGUUUUCAUUGAACCAGGACUUUGUGAAUCGUUGAAUGUAUGCCAAAACCCUCCGGGCUAUUUGACAGCUACUCAGUUGAGGAAUGACUUUCCGUUAAUUGAUGAAAAUUAUCGUACAAUUGUGCCCAAACCAGAACCAGAAAACAAUGAAAUUGAAUGCAAACAACGCAUAACUAUUGUUCUCAAUGAGAUGUUACGCCGCUAUGAAGGUGAUAUACUGAUUGUUAGCCAUGGAAGUCCCAUAGCGAUGAUCCACGAAGUUUUAACUGGAGAGUGGCACUAUAUUGGCCAAUGUACAAUCAGUAAAUUCAUUUCGAGUGGAAACGAUAAUAACAAUGGUGAAAUGGGUACAUUCAGCGCAGCCAUGCAAGGAGAUUCAACACAUCUUACAGAUCGAACGAAUCUUCGUGAACGGGAAAUUCAAAGACCAAAACUAUGA